UAACAGAAGAAGAAGGCGGUUCCUGCUGUACACUGAACCAAACGUAUGCGCUUCUCACGGGCGGCUCACUUGGGCCAAUGUUCACAGUCAGGUGCAUUUUGGGAACCUCUGCAAAGAAUCUGACCUCUCGUCCAGUUUUGAGACGCCGGAUCGAGCUGCAACGCAGGAUGUCGACCUCCCCUCUCCCGGUGGCUGCGGUGUGUCAGAUGACGGCCACCCCGGACAAAGAGGCCAACUUCUCCGCCUGUCGGCAGCUGGUGGAGGACGCCCAGCAGCGAGGGGCCUGCAUGGUGUUCCUCCCCGAGGGCUUCGACUACAUCGGAUCCAGCCGGGAGGAGACGCUGUCGCUGUCCGAGAGCCUGGCGGGAGACACGGUCUCAAAAUACACUCAGCUGGCCAGGAAGUUGGAAGUGUGGCUGUCUCUCGGAGGAUUUCAUGAACGACGACACGACUGGGAGUCCGACAGGCGAAUCUACAACAGUCACGUUAUCAUUAACGAUAAAGGCGACAUCGUUUCAGUUUACAGGAAGUCUCAUUUGUUCGAUGUGGAGCUGCCAGAAAAAGGGGUGUGCCUUAAAGAAAGCGCCUUCACCGUCCCCGGGCCGGGCCUCGUGUCUCCGGUCCAAACUCCCAUCGGCAAGGUCGGCCUGGGCAUCUGCUAUGAUGUGAGAUUCCCAGAGUUAUCUCUGGCUCUGCGUAGGGACGCGGCCGAGAUCCUGACGUACCCGUCGGCCUUCACCGCGGCGACGGGAGCCGCUCACUGGGAGGUGUUGCUUCGCGCACGCGCAAUCGAGACCCAGUGCUUCGUCCUGGCGGCGGCGCAGGUCGGCCGGCACGGAGAGAAGCGGCGGUCGUACGGCCACGCGUUGGCGGUGGACCCGUGGGGCGAGGUGCUGGCCGACUGCGGCGGGGAGGAGCCCGGCGUGGCGCUGGUGGAGAUCGACCCGGAGAAGGUCCGGAGCACCAGGAGGAGCAUGCCGGUCCAACAGCACCGCAGAGACGACGGUUUCUACCGGGGUCUGGAGAGCAGCUGACCGCGGGACACGUGUGCAGAGCGCAGGACUCUUUAUGGUUGUUCAGGCCUACGUCACGCUGCACGAGCACUACGCAGUUAAUGAAUGAGAGAUCAAAAGAUACGGGGAUGUCAGAUUGUUUAUUAAUGAGAAACACCAGGAGGUGGAAACAUGAGUGAGGAAAUAAGCACAGCCAAAUUAAUCUGUUAAUAAAUGAAGUGUAAAUAUGGAGAAUUCGAUUUCUGGUUUAACUUUUGAGUCAUUUUGUCAUGGCUGCCAUAGAUAAUCUCAUUUAUAUUAAUAAUCGGCUUAAACCGAAUGACUCUGAAGUAAUAUUACUGCACAUGGUACUAUUAGAAAUAGGAUUGAAAUGGUAAAUAUGCCUGUUAUGGUUAAUUUGCAGAUAUAGGACCGAAAUGGAUAUGUUCAAAUUAUUUAAUUAAAUCAAAUAGUGUUGUGCUGAAUGGUUAUGAACUCAAAACGUCUGAAACAACAUCAAUUGGUUUGUUUGUCUUCUCUUUCGUAACAAAAUAAAUAGUUAACUUUCCUCCUUCUGCUUGAGGGCAACACA